UCCAGAAUAUCAUGGAACUUCCGUGUUCUUCUUAUUCUUAUUCUAAUUGGAAGAUAUUUAACAUAUGCAGAGGCAGAGGGUGCACUAGACAAAGCAAGGAAACAUAGAAAGAGACAACUUGAGGAUACACUUAAUCUUGUUCUCAAGAAAAGAAAGGAAUAUGAAGUGAAAAUGAAAGAAAAAGGUGAAGAGCCAGUAAUGUUUAGUCACCUAGGCCCACCUCGAAGGCUAACCGCUGCAGAAGAGGAAGAAAGGGUCAAACACCCUGAACCUGAAGACUCAGUUUAUUAUCACCCUACACUGAAUCCUACUGGAGCUCCUCCUCCUGGAAAACCUCCCAUGUUUAAGUCAUCAAUAGGACCUAGAAUACCAUUAUCAGCUGCAUCAUCUAGUGGUGCUGCAUUAUCGUCGAAGUCAGAUGUGGAAGAUGACUCUUUAUCAGCUCUUCCGCCACCGCCUCCGCCACCUCCAUUGCCCCCAAAUGGUGAUGCAAAUUCUGUAGAUGGGUCUGUGGUUCUGGCAUCUUUGCCUUUACCUCCUCCACCUCCUACGCCCCCAAAGUCUGCAGUGGCAAACAUGGGUGCUUCAUUGCCAUUACCUCCUUUGCCCCCACCUCCUCCUGGUCCCCCGCCAAAGGAACAUAUCUCUGGUCAUCCUCCACUUCCUCCACCUCUUCCCCAACCCCUUCAUCAAUCUCCUCAUUCUGGCACAGGUAAAAAUCAUUCUGAACUGGAUGAGAUGGCGUCAACAGAACAAAAUCAGGGGUCAUCUAUGCUUCCCCCACCACCUCCUCCACCGAGAUUGCCAUUGAAGUCAGAUGGCAUGCCUGCUGAGUCUGAUGCUAAAGCUUUGGAAACAAAAGAUCAUCUUAAAUUACCUCCACCACCUCCACGACAACAGCCUUCAGGUCCUGGACCUGCCAUGGUCCCAACUUUGCAGGCUGAUGUAUUACCUCCUGGAAUAUCUCGGUUCCCUCGACCCCCUCCUCCAAGUGAUAUGCGGCCACCAUCCGGAAUUGCCAUGCAGCCUGCUCCACCUGGAAUGAUGGUCCCUCUAAUGCCAAGACCACCUUUUGGACCUCCUGGGGGACCUCCACUAAUGAUGAGACCACCUCUUCCACCUGGUCCUCCUCCUUUUCAACAGGAUGGUGCUAGACUACUUGCUCCUCAAAAGCCAUCAUAUGUCAAAUCAGCUGCUUCAACAGUUGUUAAGAGGCCUCUAGCUCAGCAUACACCAGAACUUACAUCAAUGGUUCCUGCAUCUGUGCGUGUGAGGAGAGAAUCUGCACUCCCAAAACCCAGGUCAAAGCCAUCUCCUGUGACUACCGUCAACCAGCCUGCAGUAACUCCGCCUGUGGUCAAGCAUGAAUCUACAAGCGCGUCUGCACCAAAACCUCAAAGCAUUGAUGACUCAUAUACGGCAUUCUUGGAGGACAUGAAAGCUCUUGGUGCUCUCCAAGGAUGAAGUAACAAAAAUAGAAGAAAGGAAGAUGAUGGCACGCAGAGGAAACAAGUGGCCGCAGACAGUCUGAUAUGAAUUUGAUUUAAUUGUGUAUGAUCUUUGAUUUAUGUGACCGGUGUCUCGUGGUACUUGAAUGUCCAUAACUUUGUGGUGCUUUGAUCGAUCGACCAUCUCAUUCUUUUGCGUGUAUGAUCUUUGAUUCAUCUGUAUUGUCAUCUUAUCUUCCUUGGCAUUUUGUCGCCUCUAAUCGGCAGUGGAUAUGCAUUAGUCUAGAGGAAGUAGGACAACAUAUUGUAAGAUGGAUUCUUGUGAGGAAUUUUCUUUUGGCUCUGCUUC